CAAUAUUAGGUGCGAGGAGUUGUAACGUGGCCCCUCGGGUUUCCAAAAAAUAGACACCCCCCAGCAUCCUGGAAGACUCACUCGCCGAAACUUUCCUUCCUGGUCAAAUAAAUGCCCAGUAUAGGUCUCCGAGAAAUAAAAGCGCCUCAAAUAAGAGAUCAUUACCCUGCCGGGGCCAAAAAGGGCGAAAAUCCCCAGAUAAGGGACACGGAUCCUCCUCGUUUUCUCCAUGCUUCCCCUUUGUACUCGGGGCAAUAUGAAACCGGAGAUUGUCGCCGCUGUCAGCUUUCUAUCCAGAUUUCUGCGGAUUAACGGACAUGUCAGCGACCGACAGCUGCAAAUAUUCGGGCAGUCUCUUCAGGAAAUCCUGACAGAGCAGUACAAGCACCACUGGUUCCCAGACCAGCCCUUCAAAGGAUCAGGCUACCGCUGCAUCCGGAUCAACCACAAGAUGGACCCGCUGGUGGGCGAGGCGGGCCAGCGCAUCGGCCUGUCCAUCCAGCAGCUGUACUGCCUGCUGCCCAGCGAGCUGACCCUGUGGGUGGACCCCUUUGAAGUGUCCUACCGCAUUGGCGAGGACGGGUCCAUCUGCGUGCUGUACGAGGCCCAGCCCGCCGCCCCGGGGGGCCCCCUGGUGGACAGUCACGUCAGCUGCAAGGAGGAGCUGCUCCUUGGAAGAAGCAGCCCCCCCAAAGCCUACAGCAUGAUGGCUGUGUCCACCUGAGGCCCCCACCCCUCCAACCCAGCCCCCCCCCGCCCAGCUACAUUCAAACAUUGUGCCGACCAGGAAGAGGGGAGGGGAAGGGUGUGGCCUGUUGGCUGGGCAACAGAAGUCUUGUAGGGUUCUUUUGUUCUGCUGUUCCAUUUUUUUUAGUUUCGUGUUGUGAUUCUGAUGUUCUGAGGGCCCUGAUGUGGCACACCAAGAAGUAGCCCCCUCCUGGGGGAAGGGACAUGAACUGCCCCUUGCUGCUGGGAACCCAAGAGCCAUCAAUGGACUUGCACUUUCAAAUAUCAUUGGUUUUUUUUUUAAUUAAUUUUUUUUUUUUACUACCACCUACAGUUCACACUCGAGGAACUGCUUUCAGGAGUUCCAAGAUAUUUGUUCUUUGUAAUUGCAUCUUUUUUCCAUUUUUGAGGGUUUUGGAAGGUAAAGGAAGUGGGUGUAAGAUCCUGGAUGUAUUUCCUCUUUACAUUUCUUAUGUCUAGACACUGCCAGCAUCUCUACCAGCCACAGCCUUUUUUAUACAAACAAGGUUUUUUGGACCACUGGCCACGCCUUCAGUCUGAGGCAGAUUUUGGCCCCCGUUUUGAUUUCAGUUCUCCAGUUUUAGCUUCCAGGAAGCUGUUUCUGUUGGGUGGGGUUGUGGGGGUUUACGUAUCAGCUGUAACCUGUACCUCCCUGUAACACACUCCUUUUACUUUCCAGGGCUGACUUCCUGAUAAAUGAAUGUCAGCCUGAAUUCACAGUCUUGUUAAACAUUCCUCAUACCAAACAGAAGUAAGAGGUUUCCCGUCACAUUAGCCUUUCAGUGCACUUUGAUGUUUAGGUUGUGUGGGACGUGUUUACAAUGUUAUCCAUUCAUACAGCUGGAUAUUUACUGAGGUAACCUUUCAGUUACAGGCCCCGCUCCUCAACCACUAUGCUACACUGCCGCCCCCGUGUUCAUCACAGAAAGUCAUGGGAAAGCCUUGGAAAGUGGUCAAAUGUCAUUGCUGUCUUUUGGGGAAAGAAAUCAUGGAAAACUGACCAAAUCCGAAAAAGUUCUCUUUUACAGUGAGGGGAAAUAUGUCCAUUAGUCCUCAUUAGCCUUAUUGCCAUUUAUUGUCAUCAGUGUGCUGAUAUUGCUAACAAAAGUAAAAAAUACUAAAAAAUACUUAAGUAUUUCCCCUACAAUUCCAACCUCAGAUUAGCCUACUUUGAGUACUGCAGCAAUAAAAGUGAUCCCUGAAAACACUGAAAUGUCAGAUAAAUCUGUUUUGGUUUCCAAUGGUUUCUAUACUAUCAUUCCCAAGGCAGUGUCCAAGCACAGGGACUCACUCUGCUUCCUGAUGAAGUCUGGCACUGUGCAGACCAUCGUCUGCUCCACCACUAAAUGCGCUUUUCAGUUUUGAUCGCCGGUUGAACAGUUCCUGAACAUUUUUGUCCUUGGACUCGCAUUGAACGGGUCAGAAUUGGAAGUCUGUUGUAUUUGAGACAGGAAGGAUGUCACAGACUGAGGCAAAAAUGUGAAGGAGGGAGUUCAAG